GCGGUUCUGUGUGGGUCUGUGCUGGGCGUGGGCUACACGCACUCCCUCCCUGUCCCCGCUCCCCAUCCUCUCACACUGGAACCACUUUGUUCGACGAGGGCACGUUUCGGUCGAACCAAUGAGUACCUCCGAGUCAUCCUGUGCUAUUUAGCGGAAGAAAAGUGAAUCGCUCGUGGUAUAUCAUAACAAUUCGAUUAUUUGAAGACGACCGGAAACGGUGCGAAGACUGUUUGGAUAUAUUCAAUUGAAGGGGCAACUUGAGUUGGAACAUUUACCCCUCUGGCAGACAAAACAUCGCUAAUUAGAGCCGUGCUUGUUCUGCAGCAGCAGUGUGUGUGUCUGUGUGUGUGUGAGCCACAGCGGCAAAGAUGACAGAGUACAAGCUGGUGGUUGUGGGUGCUGGAGGCGUGGGCAAGAGUGCACUCACCAUCCAACUCAUCCAGAACCACUUUGUGGAUGAAUAUGACCCCACCAUAGAGGACUCGUAUAGGAAACAGGUUGUGAUUGAUGGAGAAACAUGCCUGCUGGACAUCCUGGAUACUGCAGGUCAGGAGGAAUACAGUGCAAUGAGGGACCAGUACAUGAGGACAGGGGAGGGAUUCCUCUGCGUGUUCGCAAUCAACAACACAAAGUCCUUUGAGGACAUUCAUCAAUACAGAGAACAAAUUAAACGUGUUAAGGACUCAGACGAUGUUCCCAUGGUGCUUGUGGGCAACAAAUGUGACCUCCCGGCACGCACGGUGGACACCAGGCAAGCCCAGGAACUCGCCCGUUCCUAUGGCAUCCCUUACAUUGAAACCUCUGCAAAGACACGGCAGGGAGUCGAGGAUGCCUUCUACACACUGGUCAGGGAAAUCAGGCAACACAAGCUGAGGAAGCUGAACCCACCAGAUGAGAGUGGUCAGGACUGUAUGAGCUGCCGCUGUGUGGUAUCGUGAUGAAGCUCCACUUCACAGUUUGGAAAGAAAUGGCACAGCACAAGAAGUCACAACAUGGACUUGAAACUAGGAAGAAAAAAAAAAUAAUGAUGAAAAUUAAAUAGAAGAUUGCCAUUUUGGUCUCGCGAGAAGAAGCUGAUCCAGAGCCGCGAUGGACUGACUAAUGCCUUUGUGCUGAACAAGCUUGGCCAACCCUCUUGGGUUUUUUUUUUUUGUUUGUUUAUUUUUGAUUGUUUGCGCUCCAUGUCGACAGGUGAGCAAAACCACUAAUCACUAUAAUCAACCCCAACAUGGUCUUGCUGGGUAACUAACUUAUUGUUUUCAGUCUUGACACUGGUCCUACAGGGGGAACCUUGGAACCCCAAUCCCCUUUCUCCUCUGAAACACUCAAUCCGCUUGCAAGCCGGUUUCACACUGGGCAUGGGUAGGCAUUGGACAUUUGUGUGCUCGAUAACCACUCAUGUAACCCACUUCGAAAGUCAUCUGACUACCUCCCUCUAAAGGUGGAGGCUAACCUGGGAAUUUGUACAAGUUGCUGUUGUUGCUUAACAGUUAGCCUCGCUGUAAACGAUGUGCAAUUUGGUUUAGAACUGGAACAUAUUUUGUGGGUGGAUGAUUAGAAAUUCACUGAGCUCGAUUGAGUUAAAACAUGACUUGCUUAUACUAGGGGUACAGUAUUACAAAAAAAAAACAACAAAAAGUAAAACAUUUGAGUUAAAGUUAUGAGUGUGUGAGAGCAUCGAAUCAGACCGAAUCGCUCUACUUUGAAAUGUAGAGAUACUUCUUGAAUCAUCUCUUAUUGGAGAGCUUUAUCUUUGAAAGAAAGGAGACAUUUACACUAAUCUACUGACAAGUUCAUUCAUAUUGUAAAAUUACAACAAGAAGCUCAUUGUAUCAUACCCCCUCGACCUCAGCCGUACCAUAACGAAUCCAGUUGUAAUCCCACUGAAUUGAACCAAAUCAAGUCGUUCCACUUUAGGUCCUUCUUGAAUUGUAUUGACCCCUGUAUAUCAAGAUAGGUACCGACUCGUCUUUUAUUGCAGAGUUGCACACCCCGAACACACACAGGUUCUGAAUGCAGCUGCCUUACAUUCUUUGCUAAGAGUGGUCUUUGUGGAAUAAUAAUGAUGAUAAUAAUCAUAAUAAUAGUAGCAAAGAAUCUUAAUAACAGCCAGAGUUACUGUACACUAUAUUGGUGCUGGUAUCCUCAGAUUCAUAUCUGUCCAACUUACAUUGCACUGUUAGCAAGGGUAUACAUUUGAGGAGGCAUUUGCUAUAUGAGAGGAACCACAUGCUAUGCUUGCAGUUUCACAGGUUUUAGGUUGAGCAGGGUUUCCCCCCAGAAAAUAGAAAACAAAGCCUGGUGGUAGAGAAGCUUCAUAAUAGAUUUUUACAUUUUAGUCAGUGUACUGUAUUUACAUUAUUUGUUGGUAGGCCUGUCGCGAUACGUUUUCCUGGACGAUAUAGGAUUUUCUUAAAAGCUUUAAUGAUGAACAAUCGUAUUGUUUGUUGUUGUUGUCUUUUUUUCAAAGCCACUGAUAAACUGACAAUGCAAAAAUAAUUAAAGUGCAUCCAUGUUAGGCACAAUUAUCUUUCAAAGCUCACACACGUUUUUAAAUAAAUGCAGGACGUCAAACAUUUUAGCCAUUUUCCAUUUGGCCAUUUACGUGUCAAGACAUUUUCAAGAAACAAAAUAAAAACAAAUGAUUAAAAAUCUCACUCACCAAAGCUACACUUGAACGAGCCAUGGCUGUUUGUAUCCUAACAAAUAUUACUUACUAUUAUGACAGUAAUGACAAAGGGCAGUGCCAGCAUUUGCUAUCCAUCCGUCCAUUCUCUGAACCACAUAACCCCCAUAGGGUCGCAAGCGUGCAAUGAAAUUGUCAUUAGUUGUAGUCUGCACAUUAUUGGACAUCAUAAUGUGGCAAUGAAACUUGACUUUGUGCCACAUUUCGCCUCAAGUACGCUUGCACUGAAGCAUGGGGUAUCUGAGUCGUGUAGCCAGGUUGUUAUUAAUAAAAAUCCAACUGGCCCGAAUGUAUCCAUUUACCACAAAUUGUAGUUUCAGAUCACCCAUUUUGUGUGUUCUGCAGCUGGUGUCAGAGGUAGGGAGACUCAGUAGCAGACUAUGAGAGGGUAGUAUUCAUCUUAGCCUAGCCAUAGCCCAUCUGAGCAAGCCCACUUUUGUUUACGUCGCCUACGGCACCUGCCAGACUCGACAACAAUCCACGCAAGUCCCGCUGGUCGCACCGUCUCGUCCGGGAUGUUGAAAGUGCAUUAACAAGUCACCAGAACUCAUCAAUUUAUACUGCUAAUCCCUGUUGAGCAAGCCCACACGAUUGUCGUAUCCAGCAGUUGAGGUAAAAGUCAAGGAGAUGGUGGCUGGUUGUACAUGUAUCACAUAAAAUUGUUUUCCGUUGCUCCAUCAUGACAUUUGGAUGGCCGCGCACCCAAAUUGGGGACACCUUAGAGCCCCGCCAUAUCCUGGGGGAGGAACGAGUAAUACAGCACUGGGGGAAACCCUGCACAUUUUCACAAUAUCAUUGUUCCAUGUGCACCAUCACCUCAUAACAGAGUUUUUCAAGAAGUGUCAUCUUUUGCAGAGUGUAACACACACUUAAACAUGCCUUGGAAUGCUUACAUUUCCCACACACCUGACUACCCUCAAGAACCAUAUGUGUACUGUACAUGUCUGUGAGUGAUUAACAUGUGUCAUGGAUGCUGGAUCAGGGGUGUGUGUUUCUGAGUGCUGACUCGCUUGUGUUCUCUACUGCUGCAUUCAUUUGCUACCGUAUUCAAAAGACUGUUCUUACCGUUUGUACUUUGCAGAUUCUUAUGCGUGCACAUGAGAACUUUCCGUCUGUUGUUUACUUUGUGUGCAACUACAGAAAAAGCAUGUUGGGUUUAGAUGUGUGCUGUACAGAAAUUGAAGGUCAAACCGCAACCUAUUGAAGUGUGUUGAAAAGGGUUUUUUUUGGCAGUAAAUAGCCAAUAAAAGCCAAAUGUCCUCGCUCUGGCUCAAUUCGUGAUAUUUUGUGGAUAUCUUUCUUUAUGAAUCUCACUUUCAUCCCAUGUAAACAUAAAACUGUUUUUGAUUUACUGUGAAGGUGAGGGCCCUUUUUUCCCUUCCUACACAUGACAAGUCAUAAAUCACAAGAACAACCAUGUAGUAGUGAUUGUAGUGUGAAAGCUAAGUAACAAUUAACUAUCCAUUCUUCACUCGAAUGAAUGGACUGAACUGUGAAUGUGACUUUUUGAAGUAUUCAUCUAAAACAGUUUCAUAUUAAUUUGGUUCCAACUGUUAUACUGAAACACUUUGAUGGAAGGUUUGUGGUGCCCUAAAUGCUUGUUGUCUCCUUAUCAAACUUUAUAUAUCAAAUCCAUAAUAAUGUCACAACUCCACAAAUCUAUGCAUAAAUCCUCAGCAUCUUCGAAUGUCUCAUAUUGUUGCCGCAUGAAUACUUAGCCAGUAAACCCCAAGUAUACAUGUCACGAAAAGACUGUACAGACCUGUCGAGGUUGUCUCAAGGGCUUCUCUUUCCCUUGAACACUACUGAAUGAAAGUGUGCUUGGAAUUUGUAAAAAUGUUAGCUGUUCAGCUAUUUAAGAUGUAUGUACUCUUUAAAAAAAAAGGUGUCAAAUGUUUUGCGGGGCAGGAAUAAAGAUGUUAAGAUAUA